CAGAGGGGGGAGAGCGAGGCUGUCCGUGAAUGAGGAUGUACUCCAUGAAAGGGAACAAGGGAGGAACAGAGAGAUGGGGAGAGAGCAGUGCACAGGGAGAGAGGGAGAAGUGAGAGAGUAUUAAACAGGGCGAGAGAACGAUGAGAGUUGGGUGGACUGACUGCCUUACCCCAGUGAGUUAGCUAGCUGUGGAUGUGAGCAGAGUGGCGUGUAUUUGGAGCAGGGAUACUGCUGCUAUUGAUCCAAACCACCUUCCUCUGUUCUGCCAGCCAGGUGAACUCCUACAGCACAGCUCUCUGAACAGAGAGGGAGAGAAACAGAGAGGGAUCUGACAGUCUCCUCCCUGUGUUCCUCAGAGCUGGGUGCGUGUGUUCACCUCUACUGCCUCUGCCGAACAAGAUAAGUGUGUGUGUGUUCUGUGUGUGGGAGCACUGACUGGGGAAGAAGAACACGCCCUCUCUCCGCUGAGCCGGAGAGUCUCAGAAGAGUAGCCAACGGCAGCUAACAAACCAACGACCUCCAGCUCCCAGCCGUCGGGUUGAGAUGACAUUGUGUGUGAUUUGAGCGUCACUUGAGCGUGAUCUGCUUUACCUGGACAUGUGAGAGCGGUGGUCUGGUAUUUCUGGACCUGUGAGAGCGGCGGUCUGGGUAUUCAUGGACCUGUGAGAGCGGCGGUCUGGGUAUUUCUGGACCUGUGAGAGCGGCGGUCUGGGUAUUUCUGGACCUGUGAGAGCGGUGGUCUGGUAUUUCUGGACCUGUGAGAGCGGUGGUCUGGGUAUUAAUGGACAUGUGAGAGCGGCGGUCUGGGUAUUAAUGGACAUUUGGGAGUGGUGGUCUGGGUAUUAAUGGACAUGUGAGCGUGGCGGUCUGGGUAUUAAUGGACCUGUGAGAGCAGCGGUCUGGUAUUAAUGGAUAUGUGAGAGCGGCGGUCUGGUAUUGCUGGACAUGUGAGAGCCGUAAGAGGACGGGAGGCGAUCAUCUACCUGGACAGGAACAACCGCUGACCCCUGGAGAGAGAGGAGAGGAAGAGCAGUGAUGCAGACUGCCUUCAGUGUCUUAGAACAGACUGCCUCUCUAGGUCGACCUAAAUGUGACUGCCAUAGAUAUUCACAUGUAGGAGAGAAAGUGUGUGUGAGUGCUAGGGACGUGCAUGUGUGAUCAGCUUGCAGCUGGUGCUGAGAGAGACGGAGGUUGGAUCGGAGCAGAGAGGAAAAAGGCUUAGGGACGACUAGGUGGAACUGGAGGCUAAAGCUAACCUUGGAAUCAUCCUUGGAACCUUGAGGGGCUGCCGCCACUACUCCACCCCAAAGAGAGGAACUAGGACUGGGGAAGAUCCUCACUCUGUGGACCCUAAACCUGAUGCCUGGGGAUACGAUGGGCUUGACUUUUAAGACAUUGGGAUGAUUUCAGAGGACCAUGUGAGGGAUGAGGUUGCCGGGGGUGCGAGGGUGAGAGCGGGCUCCCCACGCCCGGUGUGUAUGGUUGGCCCCUCCCCACUAUGAGCAUGCAGGUGCUUCAUAUGGUCAGGGAGCUGGUGUCUCCCUCCCGACGCAGAGCAGCCGCCAGAUACGGAGCGUCUGGUACAGAGCAGGAUGCUGUGCUGAGGCUUGAGAAGGAGAGGGCUGAGAUCAUCUCCAAAUAUGACAAGGGAAAAGAGGGCGCCACUGUGGAACCCUGGGAGGAUGCAAGCUUCCACCUGUACAAAGUCAUUGACCGCUUCGGCUUCGUACAUGAGAAUGACCUUCCGUCCUACGACUCGGUGGAAGAGAAGCAAAAACACAUAGAGGUAGAAAGGACCUCAAAAUGGCUGAAGAUGAUGAAGAGCUGGGACAAGUAUAAGAACAGUGAAAAGCUGGUGAGGCGGAUCUAUAAGGGAAUUCCUCUACAGCUCCGAGGAGAGGUGUGGUGUCUGCUCCUCGACGUUCCCAAAAUAAAGGAGGAGAAGAAAGACUUCUACGAGAAGCUGAAGCUCAGGGCUCGAGGUCUGUCUCCUGACGUCCGUCAGAUUGACCUGGAUGUGAACCGAACCUACAGGGACCACAUCAUGUUCAUGACCCGCUACGACGUCAAGCAGCAGGCUCUGUUCCACGUCCUAACAGCCUACUCCAUGUACAACACGGAGGUGGGAUACUGCCAGGGCAUGAGUCAGAUCACUGCUCUGUUGCUCAUCUAUAUGAAUGAAGAGGAUGCCUUCUGGGCUUUGGUCAAACUGCUGUCUGGACAGAAACACGCCAUGCAUGGGUUUUUUAUCCCCGGCUUCCCCAAGCUGAUGCGCUUCCAGGAGCACCAUGACCGCAUCCUCAAGAAGAUGAUGCCCAAACUGAAGUCACACCUGGACACACAGGAGGUGUUCACCAGCCUGUACACUAUGAAGUGGUUCUUCCAGUGUUUCCUGGACAGGACCCCCUUCACCCUGACCCUGCGGAUCUGGGACAUCUAUAUCCUGGAGGGAGAGAGAGUUCUGACCGCCAUGUCCUACACGGUCCUCAAACUGCACAAGAAGCACCUGUUGAAGCUGUCUAUGGAGGAUCUGGUUGAGUUUCUGCAGGUGACUCUGGCCAAGGACUUCUUCUAUGAGGAUGACUUUGUGAUUGAGCAGCUGCAGAACAACAUGGUGGAGCUAAGGAAGUCCAAACUGGAGCUGGCUGCACCAGGUAAAGAGGACGAGUAUCCCAAGAAGCUUCUUGGACAGCUUCCCCCAGAGCCGGCGGUGAACCAGAACCACGUGGCGAAUGGUCAGAGCCACGCCCAGCCGGCCGAGCCCCCAAAAGCGCCAAGCCCCUCCCCCGAGCACCAGCGGGACAGCCGACCCCCCAACCGGGCGGGCAGGGACUCCCUGGAUAAGCUGGUCCGGCAGCACAAGGCUGAGAAGAGGGAGGCCAGAUCACGGGGGUCCGGAGAGAACGCCGUCCACCUCGACCCCCACUGCAAACAGCCCUCCGUCCACCUCGACCCCCACUGCAAACAGCCCUCCGUCCACCUCGACCCCCACUGCAAACAGUCCUCCGCCCCCCCCCUUGCUACCCCAGAGAGAGGGUCCACACCUACAUCAUCUCCGGCGCCCUCUCCCUCGCCACAUAACAACCCUCCUACAAAAGUGGUGGACGGAGGGAAGCCUCAGAACCACGCCACGGCCAACCACAACUCCAAUGCCGCCUCCAGCAGCUCUCGUAAAGACAUCGCCCCGCGCUGGGUCAAGCCGUCCGAGACCAAGCUGGAAGCGGCCAAGGCAGCGGCGGCUAGGGAGAUCCAGCUGAGCCGCGGUGGUUCCCCGGCCCCCUCCAGCCCUGACGACACCCUGCUGCUCAACCGCCGGCCCCGCUCCAGGGGCUUGAUCCCAGGCUCCAACCGCGGCUCCAACGCCUCCCAGUACGACAACGUGCCCGGGGGGGCAGAGCAGGACUUUGUGGAGGUCCUGGAGCUGGAGAGGCCACCGUCGCAGAUGAGGCGCAGCGAGACGCCGUCCCUACCCCCCACCCCCAGCCUGCAAGGACCAGUGGGUAGGCAGGCCAAACGCCCCAUCCCUGCUGCCCUGUCCCUCAACAGCCCUGCGGGGGGUAAACCCUAUGUCCACCCCAACGGCCAGAGCCAGUACCACACGCCCCCCCAGCAGUACUCCCCCGGCCGGCCUGCUAUGGUGCCACUCCACUACCCCCCGUACAGUGUGAGCCUUGAGCAGAGGGGGCUGGGAGAGGACAGGCACUACGGCCCCCCGCCCUCCCGAGGCACCCCACCGAUGGGUCUGAUGUAUGGGGAGAGAGCGUACGUCACCACCCAGCGACCCAGCCACUCUCCGGAGAAGGCCCUCAUGAACAACUCCUAUGCCACCACCCACAGGCAGCCUCCCAGCUCAGCCCAACCCCCCCGGACCAUUGUAGGCCCGCUGGCCCCGCGCACCAUACAGCAGCUGGACAGCCCUGGUAGUAACGCCUCCACAUACCUGCGUCAGCCCACACGGCUCACCUCCGCUGCAGCCGCCUAUCCGGUGCACCCUCCUGUUGACUACAACAGGUACGAGGGGCGCAGGAGAGAGGAGCAGACCCCGCCCUACCUGUCUGAGGGGCCAGGCCGGGGAGGGGCAGUGGAGGUGCAGCCGUGGGGGCAGCAGGAAGGUGGUGACAUGACACGUGCCCCUGGAGGUGUACCCCGAUCCCCCAGCUUCCAUAGGGCCCAGAUGUCCCCCGUGCAGGAGUUCACCUUCCCCCCCGGCCCUGACGGCCUGGCUCACUACAGGACACAGUUCCACGAGCAGCAGCAGCCCACCAUGAGGCAGCAGCUCCCCCCGCUGUUCGGAGGACCACACUACAGGCACGCACCAGAGGCAUUCACCAUGCAGGAGUCUAUGUUGCUGUGAGAGGAGGAGAGAGGGAUAGAAAGACACUGAGGUGUAGUCACUGACACUGUGGCAGCAGAGACCAGCGGGAGUCCUACUGGAGUUAAGGAGUUUUACUUUGGUUUGUGCUUUAUAUGUGACGUACUGACCUUAAAAGUCAUACUGCAUCAUGAAUGCUGCAGGAUACCAGCUUUUGACGUUUUUAUGGAUCCCUUUUGAAAACCCACUGAAGAUUGAUUAUUUUAUUUUUCGGAUGUUAAAUCAUUAACGACAGGAGUUAAAAGUAUAUAUAUAUUUUAGAGUUGAAAAUGUACAGUAAAUGAUGUUUUGUUAAUAUACUGAGUUAUUGAAACGUUAUGAGUAGCAGGGGACACUUCUCCGAGACAAACUCAGUGAUUCCAUUUUUCUUUUCCAUCUUUAUUUUUUUCGGAGUUACUUCCAAAAUAUCUACUUUAGAGGUCAAUUUACUCUAUAUGCUUGUGAAUAUCUUAUUUUUCUGAAAGAAGAAACACAGCUAUGUCAAAUAGUAGAAUUACGGAUCAGUGACGAUUUAAAAUCAUUGUCGAAAAUAAAUCAUUUAAAUUCUGAAGCACCUCCACUGUAUAAGGACAGUUUUUACAACUUUUAUUUUUUCAUUGAGAUUAUUCUGUUGUCGCUCAGUUUAGCGACCACUGUCAUUUCUAGUCAUUGCAAAGCAUUUCUGUAACCCGAAUAGUGUGUACAGUAUGUUUGGGUAUCGAGGCCAGUGUCUGCUUUAUACCCCAUAUUGAGACUGUAACAGUGAACUGUUUUGUCGUCCGUAGAAAAAAACACCCCUUUUCUCCCCUGAGGGUAGUGUACGAUUUACUUCCCUCUGAAAAGUUUACAUGAACAUUAAUUGCAUAUUAACAGUACGGUAUUUUCAUCACCACGGAGUAGGUGUCAGCUAGCUGCAAGAGGUUUCUAUAGAGGGGGUAUGUGUACUGGUAUUGAAGUACUUACUAAGCCGCAAUAUGCUUUAAAUGUCAACUCAUGUCUUGUAUUUUCAGCAGUCACAUCCACUGCUGUUCAGUUACCAGCACUUACAUAUUAAAUCAUUCCAUAUACACACAUCAAUACUUACUGACCUGUACAUACUACUUUGUAGUGUGACGUCACACAUUUGAAUACAUAUUCAACCAACUACCCUUUUAGUGCUGAUUCUCAACUAUGUACUUUUUGAUACAAUGCUUAUCGUUCUCACAGUUAUAAUUAUACUGUUAUUAUUUGAACAUGCAAAUAAGUCAUUCCUUCUUUUUGUUAAAUAAUUAAUUGCAAAAUGGUUUCAGGUCAUUCUUCAGAGACUUUUCUUUACUUAAUAAAGCAAAUUGGGGUGUGCAUUUCUGA